AUGCCCACACGGCUCCGAAAUACCGCUGCUGCGGAUUCGGCGCAGAAGGAAACUCGCUAUGAAAUCCCUGGCCUGCAGUUCGGCGAUACUCUGACAUGGCGCGCGGGCAAACCGAUACCAGUCGCAGAUCUUCUGGCACGGCUACAAAAGCUCGCUUCAGCAUUGCGCAACUAUGAUCUUGAUCAGGUCGACUCACGCGCCUUCACCACCCUGGCACAUGAUCUUGCCAAUGCAAAUCUCCUAGGACACAAAGACAAGGGCGUAAGAGCAUGGACAGUUUCGUGUAUUGUGGACGUCCUGAAAAUUUGCGCCCCUGAUGCUCCCUUCAUUGAAGGCCAACUCAAAGACAUCUUCACAGUCGUGAUCAAUUCUAUCCUGCCUGCUCUUGCCGAUCCAACGAAUGCGUAUAAUGCGCAGCACGUCUACGUUUUGAGUUCUCUGUCCGAGUCGCAGAGCAUCCUGCUGGUCACGGACAUUCCGAAUCACGAUAACCUGAUUAUCUCUCUUUUUACGGUCGCGUUCGAUGUUGUGUCUGGCUCUGGGAAGAGUACCUCGGUUGUGGAAGUAUCCAAGAGCGUGGAAUACCACUUGAAGAAUCUCCUGGUAGCAGUUGUCGACGAAGUUACUCUACCGCAGGAAGUUACAGAUGUUAUAAUCUCCCAGUUCCUCCGCGUUGACGCGGGAGAUGUUCAGGAUGCUGGCCCCAAGGGCAAGAAGAAAGGCGCGCAGGAUACGAAGCAGGCCACUUUGAUACUCAAGGACUAUCCUCCGGCUUACAACAUGGCCAAAUCGCUAUGCACUAGCUGCCCCGAGAAAAUGACUGCCCAAAUCACACAAUACUUCGGCACAGUCAUUGUCGACGCUUCAGCUGCUACAAUGACGAAUGGCUUCUCCAAGUCGAAGGUGAGGCGGAUGUCGGAGGUCGACGAUUCCGACGAUGAGCAUGAGGGCCUGGCAGAUUUGCGGAAAGCUCAUCGUCUGUUAAGAGAGCUGUGGCGGGCUUGCCCUGAUGUCCUCUUGAACGUCAUUCCUCAAAUCGAAGCCGAGUUCAAUGCCGAUUCCGCCGCUCUUCGCCAAUUCGCCACAGAAACCGUCGGAGACAUCACGUCUGGUAUAGGCAUCGCUGGUCUGGCUCCUUCUGCACCUCUUGAUCCGGCGGCGUACCCUCUACCGUCGAUUGAACAGACGCCACCAGCUCCACAAACCAUCAACCCGGUUCUGACACCGGCAUCUCCAAAACCAUUCGCGACAGUGCAUGCAUCUGCAUACCAGGCCUUCUAUGGACGCCGCAUAGACAGGUCACCCAAGGUUCGUGAGGCAUGGGCUACCGCAGCUGCAAGGAUUUUUAUGACCUCAGCUGGUGGCAUUGGUUUGAAUGAUGAGGAGCUGCAGUCAUUGUUGUGGGCUUUUGCUCAAACACUCCAUGACCAAGAAGAACACGUCCGUUUGGCUGCGAUACGGGCGAUCAAUAAUUUUCCCUAUCACACCCUCAUCAACACAUUAGGUGCUGAUGGUGGUCUCGCAAAACCAGGCACUGUCUUUACCACACUUGCAGAACGAGUGACGGACCGAAAGCAUAAUGUCAGGGAAGAGGCAAUUGAACUUCUCGCGCGAAUAUGGGGAACGGCCUCGAGAGACAUUGAACAAGGUGUGCCCUUCGUCAGAGAAGCGGUUGGUGAUAUCGCAAACCGUUUGCUGCGAGCCUUUUAUACCAACGACCCACACGUCCAUGCUGUUAUCGACAGAGCUCUCUAUGCAGGCCUUUUGCCGUUAUCGUUUCCACCGAUCAAAGGUCAAAAAGCCGACAGCCAGAAACACCGCACCAGUCUGAAGGAGGGAAGCUCCCAAGAACCUCCUCAUACUGACCCUGAUGCUGUCAGAGCGCGUCGCAUUUUGACACUGGUUCAAACCCUGGAGGCAAAAUCUCGUGCAGUCUUCUUCAACCUCCAGAACCGCCAAGUCCAGCUAAGCAAAGGAAUGACUAUUUUCGUACAAUCAUGUGAGGACUAUAAUGGUGGUGUCGUUGAAGACGACGGAUCUGAAGCCCAGAUCAAGGAGCGCCUCGGUAAGUAUAUCGAGGUAAUAUCCAAGUCAUUCCCAGAUCCUGGCGUUGUCUCCGCAGGCUUGUGGAAGUUUGCGAAGCAACAUGAUCGCCGUGCCUAUCAGUUGAUCCGGUUUGCCAUUGGUGCCGAGAACGAUUACCGCACAGUGACCAAAGCCAUCAAGGAGCUUAUAAAGCGGAUUCGCGAAGGACCGGCUAAUGCUCAAUCGUUGAUCGACACGAUCCAACCCAUUCUGUACCGCUGCGCGUUGAUCACUUACAACCGUAGCCAUGUACCGACUAUCAUGCAGAUAUCGAGAACAGACGAGGGUGGUCUCGGGGAAGUGGCUCAUGAAAUCCUGAAAGAGAUCUCAGCACGGCAUCCGGAGGUCCUCAAGUUUCACAUCCAAGCACUCUGCAAGGAGCUCGAAGAGAAUGCACCUUCCUCCACGAAACCCGAAGAAAUGGGUGCUGCGGACACGCUCAAAGCCUGUGCUGUAUUUGCUCGAAAAUAUCCAGCUGACGUUCCGAAAGACCGCCAAUUCUUGACUGCUUUGACGAACUAUGCUUUGUUUUCCAAUUCACCGCGAGCCGCGAAGCACGCGGUGUCGAUUAUAUUGAUGGUGGCUGAAAAGAAGGAAAUGUAUGCGAAGGACCUUCUGUCAAAGACUCUCAAGGAUUGCAAGCCUGACUCUCCCCAUUUCCUAUCUAAACUGGCAACUAUUUCACAAAUUUGUCUUCUGGCACCGGCUGCAGCUAGUGAGGAGAGCGAUGCUAUCCAGCAGCUCGCUGUCAAAGAUAUUCUGCGGACCAAUCGUUCUCCCAGCUCGGAGGAGGAUCCAAACGCCUGGAUGGACUCGCCUGACGAGGAAAGCCAAGCUAAAAGUCUGGCAUUGAAGAUCCUUGUCAAUCAAUGUCGCUCCCACGAUGAAAAAACUAAUGAGUUCGACGAAGCUGCAAGAGAGGUCUUCAACAUGCUCACGUCCUUGAUCAAAAACGAGGGUGAAAUAACACCGACCCGCGAUACACCUCCUGCGCAAAAGAACUGUUUGCGGCUCACCGCGACCCACUUUAUUCUGAAACUCUGCAGCCAUCAGCGAAAGUGUGAGGAUUUUAUCAAGCCGGCUAUGUUCAUUACUAUCCUGAUGACCAUGAUCAAUCCCCCCAACCCGGUGCGCGUUGGGUUUGUCAGCUACCUCAAAAAGUACCUUGGACAGAACCGUCUUGCGCAUAGAUGGUUCACUGCCAUGUUCCUUCUCGCUUUCGAGCCGGACGUCGAGCUUCGCAACUCAGCGAUGAUCUGGAUGAAAGCACGAGUUCAAUACUUCUCGAAUCAGCAACUCAAAAAUUCUAGUGAAAAAAAGGCGCCUCAAAAUGUCAUGGAGUCGAUAUUUGCUCGCUUGCUCAGCUUGCUGGCACAUCACCCUGAUUAUCCAACUGAGGAAAGUGAUGACUUCAGUCGGGAUUUAUUGGACUUUUCCAAGUACAUAAUCUUCUAUCUUUGCACAGUUGCGACCGAGGACAAUUUGUCAUUGAUCUUCCACAUUGCACAACGAGUGAAAGGAGCCCAGGACGGCAUAACAGGCACGGCCGAGGCAUCCGAGCGACUCUAUGUGCUUUCCGAUCUUUCUCAAGCUGUGAUCCGAAACUAUGCGGACCUCAUGCCGGCACACGCAAAGGGCGUGAAUCUCCUCCAGACGUGGCCUGGCAAUGUCACACUGCCUCGAUCUCUUUUCAGGGCACUACCGAGUCAUGAGGCAGCACAGGAGAUUGCUGAGAAGAACUAUCUGCCUGAAGAUGUGGCCAGUGGACUUGAAAAGUUGGUGCGAACGUACGCCAAAUCCUUGAAGAAUGCCGGCAAGGAAGGCAGAAAGGCUCUGGCUGGCAACAAGAAGCGCAAGAGCCAUACUGUGGGCUUGGAUGGUGAAGAUGAUGGCGGAGAGGAGAAGAAAGUGGUUAAGAAGCCUAAGAGGACGACGUUGGCCCUCCGAAAGACACCAAAGCCGCAACGGAAGAGCAGUGAGACAGUGAGCCCUGAAAUGCCAUCGCGAAAGAGUACGCGCGUGUCGACUACGAAGUCUUAUGUCGAAGCAGAUAGCGAUGACGACGACGCUGAGAUGGAGGAGGUGGAGAGACUUGCGAGCAGUCCCAUGUCUAGUCGUCGGAAGAAGGCUCAGCCUCAGCCUCAUGAGGAUGAGGAUGAGGACGAACAUGAACAUGAUGAGGAAUUGCCUGAAGAAGACGAAGAGAACGAGACAGCGGAGCCUGAGCAAGAGAAGACGGAGGACACGGAUGCCCACGUCCACGAAGACGACGAUGCGGAUGUCGAUGAAGGGGAUACGGAAAUGGUGGAUCCCGAAGCAGAAGAGUCUCCGCCACCUCCGAAAGAAAAGGACAACUCUGGUUCACCGAUGAAGGGCAAGGGGCGGAACCGUGGCGAGCGUGGAAAAAAGGGACCUCCCUCAUCGCCUGCAGCAGCGAAGGCGAAGAAGACUGAGCAGCCCGCGCAGUCGACGAGACGGACUCGCAGUUCGAAGACGUGA